AUUAUUUAAUAAAAAAAAAGUUUAAAAGCUAAAACUCAUACAUAUAUAUGUGCUGCUCAAGAAAAAAUAAUCACCUAAAAGCUCUACUUAAAAAAAAUUGGAUUAUUACUAAAAGAAAUAAAUGUACAACAUUUUGUGAGAUAUUUUUGCCUGCUAUUUUUGUCUUAUAAUUUUUUAUGUUAAGGCAAUAAGUAGAUAUAAAAGAUCUACCAUAAUAAUCCUUUUUAAAUCAAACUAAAAUAAUCUAUCCUGACUUUUCUGAUUCUUCAUCUUAAACCAUGUUUAAGCACUGCUCUGAUUUAGGUUCAAGCGGAGGAUAAAUUGCAAUAUUUCCCGAAGACAACCUCACUUAGCAGAUAGCGCAAGAACUUAAAAAAAACUAAUACAUUAACAGUUAAGGUGUUAUAUUUAUGAAGUCUGCUAAUGCUUUGGAAGAUUUAGUAUAAUCAAGCAGCUAUGGUGAUUCAAAAAAUAAAAUUUGUUUUGGAAUUGAGUUUAAUACUGUCUCUAAUGGGUUAUAUGAUUAUUCUAUCAGAUACAACAUAUCUAAAAUUCCUGAUUAAUAUGAAUAUAAUUAAUAAAAUCAAUAUGUUAAACAACAAUUAGAUUAUUUUAACACUUACAUAGAAAAUGGUUUUAUUCAUUUGAUGAAUUUGAUUUCGAACGUAAUUUAGACCAAUGAAGCCUCAUAAUCACAACAAGUAAUGAAAAUAGUCCCACAUUUACUGCCAAUGAUGCAAUAAAAAUAAUAAGAAGAUAAAUUUUAUAAUACAGCUGGAUAAAGCACUAACUUUUAUAUCGUCCUUCCUCUUAUUGUAUUUUAUUUAAGAAUGACUAAUGGAGUUCUGAUGGAAAAAGAAAAAAAAAUUAGAGAAGGUAUGAAAAUGAUGGGAAUGGAUAAUUUUUAAUUUUAUUAAUCUUGGAUUGUUACGUACACCAUCAAGAAUAUUUUUAUAUCUAUUUUAAUUGCUGCUUUAUUGAAUGGAUGUAUUUUUAAAGAUGCAAGUUUUCUAUUCUUAUUUUGUCUUUACAACCUCUUUGGUUAAGUUCUUAUUUUUCAAGGCUUAUUUAUUUCAACUUUCUUUUCGAGAGCUCGUAUUGGAUUAUUAGCUGCUAUGGUUUUUUUCCUUGGAUAAUUCAUAGCAUUCAUGUCAAUAGAUAUUAAAUCAGCAUCAUCUGACACUCUUACUAAGAUAUCUCUAAUUCCUCAUACAGGAAUAUCUUUGUCAGUUUCUCAUUUCUUGUACUUUUAAUCAAAUGGAUAGAGCAUAGACUUUAGUAUUUUGAAUUAAAGUUUUAAUGGAUAUAAGUAGUACUUUACCUUUGUCUCUCUAUAGAUUAAUUUAGUUGUCUUUAGUCUUCUUUUCUUUUAUUUCGACAAAGUGUUUCCUAAUGAAUUCGGAAUCAAAUCUCAUCCACUAUUUUUUUUGGGUAUGAAAUAUGGGAAAAAAGUAGAAAAAAAAUCUAAAAAAAAUCAUAAAACUAAAAAUGUAGAACUUAUCUAAGAUCUAUAUAAUCGUAGCAGUGAAGAAGAUGAAGAAUAAGAUGAAAAUGUACUUUAAGAAGAAGUCGAUGGAGUUUUAAGAGCUUAGAUUAAGAAUGAUUAAGCCAUUGUCAUUAAAAAUCUUCAAAAAGUAUUUCAUAGUGAUGGCAAAGAAAAAAAGGCUGUUAAUGGACUAAACUUAGAAAUGUUUAAUAGCUAAAUUUUUUCAUUUUUAGGACAUAACGGUGCUGGUAAAACUACAACAAUUUCUAUGAUUAAUGGUUUAAUAGAACCAACUUCUGGAUUAAUAAAAAUAAAAGGACACGAUGUUUAAACAUAAAUGGAAGAAAUAAGAAAAAGUCUCGGUGUUUGUCCUUAACAUGAUGUAUUGUUUGACGAUUUGACUGUUAAAGAGCACUUGGAAUUAUUUGCAAAUAUAAAAAAUAUGCCAAUAUAAGAGCAAGAAGCUGCAAUAUAAAAAAUCAUAUAAGAUGUUGAUUUGGUAGAAAAAACAAAUUAUUUAAGUAAAAAUUUAUCUGGAGGCUAAAAAAGAAAGCUAUCUGUAGCUAUUGCUUUUAUUGGUGGAAGUGAUGUUAUCUUACUUGAUGAACCUACAAGUGGCAUGGAUGUGGAGGCUCGUCGACACAUUUGGGAUGUCCUUAAGAAUUAUAAAUAGGAUAAAAUAAUUAUUUUAACAACGCAUUUUAUGGAUGAAGCUGAUUUUUUGGGAGAUAGAAUAGGUAUCAUUUCUGAUGGUAAGUUAAAAUGUGUUGGCUCAAGUAUAUUCUUAAAAGAAAAUUAUGGAAAUGGAUUUAAUAUCACAUUUGUCAAAUAAGAAAAUACUUCUCCAAGCAAACCUCUCAUAAAAUAUGUCAAGCAAAACCUCUCUGAUUGUGAAUUAAUAAGCGAUGUUUCAGCUGAAGUUGCGUUUUAAGUGCCAAAAACAAACGUUGACAAAUUUUCGGAGUUUUUCACAAAACUAGAAAGAAAUAAAGAUUCAUUAUUUGUCAGGUCUUAUGGUAUAUCUGUAACCACUCUAGAGCAAGUUUUUUUGAAAGUAGCAAGUGAAAAUAACAAUUUUACAAAGCAGAUCAAUAAAAAGUAGUCAAAAUAAAAGGAAAUUGAUGAUUUCGAUUUAAGUAAAGUGAGAAUAAAAGGAGGAUUUAGUAUAUUUUCAUAGCAUUUUUCAGCAUUACUUAAAAAAAGAUUUCACUGCUUUAAGAGAGAUAUUGGAGGAUUAUUUUGUGAAGUAAUUAUCCCAGCUGCCUUAAUUAUUUUAGGUCUACUUCUUUCUACUUCAAUAAGUGUAAGCUUAACUCCGACUAUUGUAUUAACUCCAGACUCUCUCACAUCACCUACUUAUAUGUAUGGUUCUGAAGUUAGUUCUUAAUAGGAUUAUUUCAGUAAGCUGCCUCUUUUAACAAAGACAGUUAUGUAACCAAUAUUGUCUACAACUAAUUUAAUAGAAUAAUUUGAUUCUUAGAUGCUUUAGAAAAGAAAUGUUGAUCUAAAAUUUGGUGUUUACACAAAAGCUGACUUUAUUGAUAGCAAUAAUAAACAGAUAAAUUAUUACUCUUUCAUAAACACCUAAACAGAAAAUUCUAUAGCUAUAAGUCUAAAUAUCUUAAAUACAUAAAUUAUUAAUUAACAAACUGGAAAAUCUAUCUAAAUUAUUCCUAGAAACAAACCACUUCCAUACACUAUUAAGCAAAAGAAUGCUAAUUAAAUUGCAAAUGGAAUUACCAUAGCUAUGAUCUUUAAUAUAGGAUUAGCAUUCAUCCCAGCAAGUUUAAUUGUCUUCAUAGUAAAAGAAAGAGAAACACAAGUUAAACACUAGUAAAUAGUUUCAGGAGUAUCGAGAUUUUCUUAUUGGACAUCUAAUUUAUUUAUGGAUGUUGUAAAGUAUUUAAUACCUGCUUUGACCUGCCCUUGGCUUGCUUACGCUUUUUAAGUUACUUCUUUAACUGAUAGCUCUGUCUUUUAUGUCUUCUAUAUUAUUUUUAUUUUAUACGGACCAGCGAUCAUACUUUUUACUUAUGUCUUUAGCUUUUUAGUUAAGAAUUAUGGAAACGGAUAACUAUUCUCAUUCUUCAUGCAUAUUUUGUUUGGCUGUGUUUUAUCUAUUACUGUUAUGAUUUUGAGAGUCGUUUUCUCAUUGGAUAAUAAAGGAAUUGAGGCUUUAGCUUGGGUUUUGCGUUUCAUUCCUUCUUUUUGCUUUAGUUUUAGUAUUUUAAAUUUAACAUCUAGAGAUUUAUAUGCUUUAUCUUCUACGGAUGGAAAAGCACUUGAUCCUUUAGAUCUUAAAAUUGCUGGUGGAGAUUUGUUGGCUAUGUGCUUACAGAUAGUUAUUUUUGGGUUACUAUUGGUAAUCAUUGAAAAAUUUGGAAAAAGAAAGCUUUUUUCAAAAGAAUCAAAUAUUCCUUUCUAACCUAAAAAAUUGGAUAAUGAUGUUGAAGAGGAAAACGAGAGAGUUGCUUAAUCAGAUCCUAAUGAUUUUGUUGUAUAUGUUUAAGGAUUAAGGAAGGUAUUUUAUGAGAGUGGCUCAUAAUAUAAGGUUGCAGUAGAUAACUUAAAUUUUGCAAUUUAAAAUGGUGAAGUCUUCUGUUUGCUUGGUGUUAACGGUGCAGGUAAAACAACGACUAUGAGAAUGCUUACAGGAGACGAGCCUAUAGUGAAUGGUAAUGCCUAUAUAUAGGGAUAUAAAAUUCCUGAGGAGCUAGUUCAUGCAUAAUAAUAUAUUGGAUAUUGCCCUUAAUUUGAUGCACUGCUGGACAAGUUAACAGCAAGAGAACAUUUAGAGCUUUAUGCAGCUAUUAAAGGUAUACCAAAAGAUAUGAUAGCUCCUUUAGUGGAAAAAAAACUUGAUGAGAUGAACUUAAGGUAAUUUGAAAACAUAUGUGCAGGCACAUACAGUGGUGGUAACAAACGCAAACUUUCAGUUGCAAUAGCUAUGCUAGGAAAUCCUCCAAUUGUAUUUUUAGAUGAACCCUCUACAGGAAUGGAUCCAGGUAAUAGAAGAUUUAUGUGGGAUGUUAUAAGCAGGAUCUCAACAUAGAGGAAAUAGUCAUCUAUUAUUCUUACAACUCAUUCAAUGGAAGAAGCAGAAGCUCUCUCAACUAAAGUUGGUAUUAUGGUUGCUGGUAACUUUUAGUGUAUGGGAAGUGUUUAGCAUCUCAAAAGUAAAUUUGGAGAAGGAUAUGAAAUAGAUAUUAAAACAACACUACCCACUAAUAAAUAAAUAAACAAAUUUUCUAAGACAGUUAAUAUGAAAUAAUAAGUAAAGAGAACAGAUUUGAAAGACUUUUUAUUUCAUGUCAAUAUGUAAAAUAUGCUAUAUCAGAUAACAGAAAAAGGUUUUUGCUCAUAGUUGCAUUAUGAAUUUUUGAAAAAUGAAGAAAAGGGAUAAGGAGUUGAGCCUAGGUUGAUUAUAGAAUUUGGGCUAAUGUUCCAAAAAACUCUUAAAGUUUAAGAAUUUAUCAAUUAAAAAUUUGGUGAAUUUACUAUAAUUGAACAAUUUAACAAUUUUACUAGAUAUAGAAUUUUUUCUGAAAAGAGUAUAGGGGAAAUUUUUGGUAUUUUUCACUCAGUCUAGGAGGAACUCGAUGUUAAUCAUUACACAGUAAAUUAGCCUACUCUUGAAUAGAUUUUCAACUAAAUAGCUAAAAAGGCUAAUUAAUAAUCUUAGAAUAAAUAAGAAGCAAACUAGCCUAGAGAUCCUUAAAAUUUAAAAAAAGAUAAGAAAAAAGUAAAAAAUUAAGCUAGUGAUGAAGAAGAUAUAGAAAUGUAAAAAUUAGUAAUCAGCAAAAAAGAAAAGUCAAGAAAGAAGGUUAAAGCUUCCUAGCAGGAAGAAAUAACUUAAGAUACUAAUGAAAAGAAGAAAAUUUCCUAAAAGAAGAGUAGUUCUAAAAAUAAAAAAAUAGAAAAAGAAAGAAGUGAUCCUGAGGACUAUCAUAUGGAAUCUGAAUAAUCUUUUACUGAUUAUUAUAAUGACAGAGAAAAGCUUUUUAUUUAUCAGGAUACAUCAAGCAAGAAAAAUGAAAAAACUGUGGAAAGUUUAAAGUAAAUAAAAAAUGGAAAUAGUAAAACAAAUAAAAAUAAUUUUAUAAAAUAAGUUGUUUCUGAAAAUUAAAGCAUUGAUUAAAUUUAAGACAACAAAUUAAAUAAUAAUACUUCAUAAGAUAAAAAUGAUAAUACACUCCAAACAUAUCAUCAAAGUAAAUAAGGUUAGCAAGAUAAUAUCUAUUAUAAUAAUAAUUCAAACUAAGAUAAUCAAUAUGAGGAUUACAAUAACAACAUCUAUCUAUAAUAAAAUUAAAUACAUUAAAAUGGAUACAAUUAUCAAUAGUAUUAAUAUAGUUAGAAUAACUCAAAUUAAUAAGACUAUGAAUCUAAUUUUAACUAAAAUAAUUAUGGAUAUAACAAUAACUAAAAUUAAUCAGAUUUCUAAGAUGAUUUUUAGCAAUAACCAAUAAACGGAGAGGCAUAAAAAAGCAGCAAGCAAGGCAAAAGUGAAAAAUAGAGCAAGAGUAGUAAAAAGACUUAGAAAAAUUGAGAUAAAUAAAUAAAUGAAAUUUGAUUGUACUUAAUUUUUAUGUUAUAAUUAAGGUGUUGUAAAAUUUGAAAUAUA